UGAAAUGACGUAAAAGUUAAAAAGUUACCAUUGUCAACAUUCACUAUUAUGCAAAUGAUACGUAAUCUCCAUGGAGAAAAUGAGCGCAAAGACAAAAGUGCCUUUUUUUCACUGGCAGCCUUUCUUCAUCAAGUGUAGAAAAAGAAAAGCAAAGUGGAAAGUACAUAUCCAGCACGAACCAAUCAAUGACAGACAUCAAGAGCAAGUAAUUUUAUCACUUGGUAACUAAUGUUUAUCAUGUCUAUGUCGUGGCUGCUACAGCGAUACCGUAACUACAAUAUUCCUUCCGUUGUCUUGUCAUUUAAUAAGCAGAUUUGAUCACCAUCGUUGGCCAACCACAUUAAUGGAGCAUGAUCUUCCUCUAUCUUGGAAUUGUUUCAUAAUAAGAGCAAGUUUUUCAAGACUAUGUCGAUAGAUAUACACUAAGAGUUAUGGCAACAGGUCUGAUAUUAUCCUUCAUCGUUUUGGUGGCUACCGAAAUGCUCCUUCCCUCGAUCAUCCGCUGGUACUGCGCCGAUAGGACUUUUGAUUCAAUCCAAAAUCCGUUGAUAGAAAAGGAAACUUUGCGAAGCUCCGUUAAAGAAUCGAGCGUGAUAUGUGCACAAAAGUACAUCAAGACAACUUAUAGUCCCUACCAACCGUGAAAAUCAUCAAGGCCUUGUACAAAGUGUAAAGAUAGCAAGACUGACAGGCAGCUAGAAGGCGCGACUCCAUUGGCACAAAUGUACAGUAUAAAGAUCCGAUGUUGGUUAAAUCAUAGUUCAGCAGCUCUUUCAAAAAUGAUACACCGUAAUUUAGGGCGAAGAAAUACAAACAAGAGCUCUACGGACGUUACGGUAUAGUUGCCAAUAAUCAAGUUUCAUCUGUAAGUUGAUCUGGCAUAAAAUGCUGUAUCGAUCUCUUGAUGAAGCAAAAAAAUAAAUUGAAAAUAAAGCAACAUCUGUGCAUUCAGAGGGUUAAUUGUUUGUAAUCGUAAUUAACAAUAACUCGGACAAAUUUUAGGUGGACAUAUGCUUGUUUGAGAACAAGUG